AUGUCUCACGGUGAGAAAAGGAGAAAGGCUGAAGCUGGUGAGCAGGGACAGAUGAGAGAAGUUUGGACAAACAAGCGAGAGUAUAUUUUGUCUCAAAUAGGUUUUGCUGUUGGGCUUGGAACCUUCUGGAGAUUCCCCUACCUCUGCAACAGAAACGGUGGAGGUGCAUUCCUCAUCCCUUAUUUCUGUGGGAUAUUUCUUUGCGCAGUUCCUCUCUUCUUUCUCGAGGUGUCCAUUGGCCAGUUCUCCAGCAGGAGCGCUGCUCAUGUCUGGGACAUGUGCCCGCUGUUUAAAGGUCAGGAUUUCCCUGACCUCUUGUCAUGUGAAAGAGUUAUUGGCAAAGUAGUGUAUGUGACGGCCGUGUUGCCAUACAUCCUGCUGACGGUGCUGCUGAUCAGGUCGUGCAUGAUGCCGGGGUCGGUGGACGGCCUUCUGUAUUUCCUUAGGCCGGAUUUUUCAAAACUACUGACAGUCCAGGGAGGAGUGUACCUCUUCCAGUUACUCGACUGGUACUCCUCUUCCUUCAAUACGUUUCUGACUGGCUGUCUCGAAUGUGUCGUCAUCUACUGGAUCUAUGGUUCUGAGAGGUUCAGCAAGGAUAUCAAAACGAUGCUGGGCCGUCGUCCUCCAACUGCUGCUCUCGUCGUUUCCUUGUUUGGGUACGAUCCUCCCAGCUAUGGCGAGUACCUGUAUCCAGAUAUUGCCAAAAUAAUGGGAAUUCUUUUGGCAGUAGGGUUUUCAGUACCAAUACCUGUCAUGUUCGUGUAUGAAUGUCUUAGGAAGAAAGGAAGUAUCUGUCAGCGUGUGCGCCUGGCGAGCCAACCAACACCAGACUGGGGACCCUUGUAUGACCGGACUGACAUAGGGGUCAGGCUGAUGCCACUGACGGGAAUGAAGGAAGCAGAUAGAGAUACCCAAAUGAAUGAAGACAUCCUAUACAAAUAA